CUUUCACAUUAAUAUUAAAUAGAACUCCAUGUGAUGCAAUUAUCUGGUCACACCAAUUUCUCUGCCAUGCAAGCCGUCUUGUGACCUUUUCAUCUUGUGGAUAUAAAUAGUUACAGAAUGGUAGACUACAUAUACUCGUUUAAAGUUUAUGAAAUUGCCUAUCCGUUUGCCAUGUACUAAUUCUAUCACAGAUAUGUCGGCUAUUUUUCUACACUGUUCAACAUCGGUGAGUAAGAGAAAUAUGCAUGUGAGGCAGUUGUUUAGUGUUGGGUUUUGAUAAAGUAGAUAUUUAUUUCCAAAUUGAAAGGAGAGCCACUUAUUUUAGACUUGAUUAACUGAUGAAUGUGACUUGUGUGCAUGUGAAAGCCUUGUCUUGUUCUAUUUUCUUCGACAAUGGGUACUCGAACCCGUAUAUACAUAUUUGGCCAAAUGAUUAGAUACUACGUUACAAAAAGUAACGAAUCUGACUACUUACGAUGGUAGAGCCGUUAGGUUAUAUACCACUUCUAUAUAAAGUACUCCUUCGCAUGCUAAGCCUCCACACCACCAAAACUCGCCCUUAAGCGUUUCUCUCCCUACGAACUUACUUUCUUAGCAUGACAACAUUUUCAUUUUUCGCAACCUUCAUUUUUUCUUUCUUCCUUCUUGUCUCUUCAUGGGUGCAUGGGUUGACCGAAUCUGAAAUAAGAUCAUGGUGCAGCCAAACACCUCAUCCGGACUCUUGCGAGUACCUCUUCGCGGGUAAACCGAAUUUAGGUCCGAUAAAGCAAAAACCUGAUUUCAUCAACGCGAUAUUGAAACUCACCCUAGAGAAAGCGUCAAAUGCCGAGGUUAAUACUCGAUCCCUUGGAGGGAAAUGUCGCAACAAGCAUGAAAAGGUUGCAUGGCAAGAUUGCCUAGAGCUUUACGAAACCACUGUUCAUAGGAUCAACAUGACUAUUGAUCCUCAAAGGAAGUGUAGCCAGGUUGAAAGGCAGACAUGGCUUAGCACAGCUCUUACGAAUCUCGAGACCUGUAAGACAGGAUUCGAGGAGGUGGGUAGUGGUGAAUACUUGUUACCAUUAAUGAACAAUAAUUUAUCCGCCUUAAUUAGCAAUACGUUGGCAAUGAACAAAGGAGGAUCUACAGAGAACUACGAGCCUACAUAUCGGAAUGGUUUCCCUACAUGGGUAAAGCCCGGUGAUCGGAAGCUAUUACAAUCAUCAAACCCCGCUCCAAACGCUAACAUUGUGGUGGCUCAAGACGGUUCUACUGGUUAUAAGACCAUCGGAGCUGCUAUAGCGGCUGCAAAGUCGGGGUAUGUUAUAUAUGUUAAAGAAGGCACUUACAAUGAAAUAGUUCAGAUUGGAUCCAAAUUGAACAACAUAAGGCUAGUAGGAGAUGGUAUUGGAAAAACUAUCAUAACCGGUAGUAAAAGUGCUGGAGGAGGUGCUACCUCUUUUAGUUCAGCUACCUUCGCAAUUGUAGGAGAUGGAUUUAUCGGUCGUGGUAUCACUAUUAGAAACACCGCAGGGCCACAAAACCAACAAGCGGUUGCCCUUCGUAGUGCUUCUGAUCUAUCGGUGUUCUAUCAAUGCAGCUUUGAAGGUUACCAAGAUACACUCUACGUUCUCUCGAACAGACAGUUUUAUAAAGAAUCACAGGGUCGGACUGACCCGAAUCAAAACACGGGAAUUUCGAUCCAUGAUUCUCGAGUCGCGGCUGCUUCAAGCCUAAGUGGGGUGAAAACGUAUCUCGGUAGACCAUGGAAGCAAUAUUCGAGAACUGUUUAUCUCAAAACGUAUCUUGAUAGUAUAGUGAACCCAGCGGGUUGGUAUCCUUGGAGUGGUAGUUUUGCGCUUAAUACGUUGUAUUAUGGAGAGUAUAUGAACACGGGCCCUGGUUCAUCCACUGCUAAUAGGGUUAAUUGGAAAGGCUACCAUGUUAUCACUAGCGCCACCGAGGCGUCAAAGUUUGACGUCCAGAAUUUCAUCAGCGGUGGAUCUUGGUUGCCGCGAACCGGCGUUCCCUUCACUUCUGGCGUUUAA